CUCAAGCGUUUAUAGCAUCAUACGAAAUAAUAAAAUUUUUUCUUUAGAAAUAGAUGUUUUUCUUUUUUUAAGUUUUCAUAUUCCUUUCAUUUGGCUACUAUGAUGAGCAAUAGCUUCUGUAACUUGUCGCUUAGGGCAGUAGUAUAUUAUUAGUUAGAAUUGUGACCGCGUUGAAUGAUUCAAUUUCAAUUUGUAUUACUUUUACAUCAAAGCAUUAAUAAUUUAAAUUAAUUCUUCAAUAUUUUAAAAUAUGGCCAAUUUAAAUUCUGACAUAAUUGAAGAAGAUGCUGCUGAUUUACAAUUUCCAAAAGAAUUUGAAAAUGCUGAUACACUAUUAAUUUCUGAAGUACAUAUGCUUUUGGAACACCGUAAGGCUCAAAAUGAAUCAGCUGAAGAAGAACAAGAAUUUUCUGAAGUUUUUAUGAAAAGCUUAACUUAUACAAAUCGCUUUCGAAAAUUUAAAAAUAAGGAAACUAUUGCUGCUGUUAGAAAUUUACUAAGCCAGAAAAAAUUACACAAAUUUGAAUUAGCUUCAAUAGCAAAUCUUUGUCCAGAAAAUCCAGAAGAAGCAAAAGCAUUAAUACCAAGUCUAGAAGGUCGACUGGAAGAUGAAGAAUUAAGAACUAUAUUAGAUGAUAUUCAAACAAAGAGAUCACUUCAAUAUUAAAAUGGUAAUAUUUUUUGUAAAAUUGGUCUAAAAAAACUUAUAUUCUAUUCAUACCUAAAAAUGUAUCAGAUUACAAUAGUUAUUAAAAUAAAUAAAAAUCAAUUAAGUUUGUAUGAAA